UCGUGCGCGGCAUGUAGGCGUGGACGGUAAACGUAGUUUUUGGCGGACAAACCAGCCGCUAAUGCCUGAGCUCAGUAGUGCCUUUGAAAGCGCGCCGAAAUCUUUUGCAUUUGUAAACAUACCGCGAGCCUCGUUUCAGCAUGGCGCCCAUCUGCACAAAUACACAAGUUCGGCGAACCGGCCUGCUAACCACACGCUCGGAUGAACCGUGACUGAUCCCAUUAAGAAUAAGCGGUGGGCACCGCCUGAACUCUUCACAGCAGCACAAAAUGAACGGAAAAGUCCUACCAGACACUCCAAUAGCCGUAGACUGCUGGCAGCUCCGCAAGUGCCAUCACGUCCGUCUGUUCUUCUUGUCUCACAUGCACGCGGAUCACACCUCUGGCCUGUCAUCCACCUGGAGCCACAGGCCCAUAUACUGCUCUCCUCUCACUGCCAAACUGCUCCAGCGUAAACUCAAGGUCAAAGAGAAAUGGAUUCGUCCUUUGGAGAUUGGGGAAGCUCACAUGCUAUUGCUUGAUGAUCUUGGAAAAGAGCGUCUGACCGUUACUCUAAUAGAUGCCAAUCAUUGUCCUGGAGCGGUCAUGUUUCUCUUUGAGGGAUACUUUGGCACCAGACUCUACACUGGUGAUUUCCGUUACACCCCAUCUAUGCUCAGAGAGCAAUGUCUGAGGAACACCACUACCAUUGACGUGCUGUAUCUGGACAACACCAACUGUGACCCCACUCGUGCCGUUCCUUCUCGUCAACGAGCCACUCAGCAAAUUAAAGAGAUCAUUAGGGCUCAUCCUGGGUUUGCUGUGGUCAUUGGUCUUUACUCUCUGGGUAAAGAGUCUCUGUUGGUGGAACUGGCUAUGGAGUUUAAAACAUGGGUGGAGGUGGAUGGAGAGCAUUUGGAGACCUUGCGUGUUCUGGAGCUCCCUGACAUUUUCACCACUGACUCUGGUGCUGGCCGCAUUCGUGUGGUCUCUCAGUCAAUGAUCAACGCCUCCAACCUGCAGGCGUGGAAUAAAGUGCAGCCCACCAUCGCAAUAUUGCCCACCAGCCGCCCCAUGAUCUCUUGUCACUCUAAUGUGUAUGUGGUGCCUUACUCAGAUCAUUCUUCCUACCAGGAGCUGGAGGACUUUGUGUCGGCCCUGCGUCCCAUCUCAUUGGUUCCCAUCGUGGGCAACUGCCUGCCUUAUUUUUCUUCUCUUCUAAACCCCUGCAAGAAAAAGCCCAAAGAGGUAGUUAUUCCGGAGUCAGUCAAGCACUACAUGAUGACAAAUUCUAAUAUCCAGACCUUUACAAAUGGCAUUACAAACAUGCUUCAAAGAACCUCGCGGCCAUAUUCUCGCGGGGUGGUGUUUGAAUCUCCAGAGUCAAAAAUAAGCCGACUUGAUGGGGAUGAUGGGGAUUCUGAGACAGAUCAAGACUCCUGCGUUCUUCUAGACAUGAGCACCAACUCCUACCCUCGAGAGAACGGCCCUCACAACAAACGUAGGAAACUCAGCCAAAUUGCAUCAGAUGUCAUCACAAUUGGCAGCAGCCUUCCUUCAGAUGACAAUGACUCUAUUAGUGCACUUACAGAUGUAAGAUCACCUGAGCACAGCUCAGUGUGCGAAUGUGGACAUGAAAGAACAACCAAGUCCUCCAAGGAGAAGAGUCCUCAAAUGGGCAGCAGCAGUUUUAGAGAAAGGUGCUCUUCACUGGACAGCAUCAGUAUUCACGACCAAACCUGUAUUACCACUGUGCUCACACCCACAGAAACACGAUCGGUGACCGCUGCCUUGACCUUCAUAUUACAGCGAGAACAGAUUGAGCAUCUGCUCCUUGAGAACUUCAUUAUACCCGCUGAACAAUUUAAAGGUGAGCAGAUGUUGUGCGGAGUUCAAGAAGAGUUUCGCCUUACUCCGGUUGAUCUUCCCAAACCAGCUGGUGAUCCUCUUGAAGCAGCUAUAAAAACAUUCAAAUCUAAAUGCGAUUCAGCAAGCACUUAAAGUGUGUGGCAUGUUUAUGUGAAGGUUUAAUUAUCAUGCAUCACUGUAAUUUAGAUGUGAACAGUAUUGUGGUUAAAUCUAUAGAUCGACACUGUGCCAAGUACUUAUUCUUUUUCUGCAUUUCUUUUGAGCCAAAAAGCGUUGAUGUUAUUGGAAAUACUGAUGGAAUAAUUUCACAAUGUGGAUGUUGAGGUUCAACAUGUUUAGCAUGAAUUUAUUAUCAUGUAGAAUCAAAAAGCACCUUACUAUGUAAAUUUGUUUUUAGAUAAACCCUACUAAAUGUG